AUGGAAAACAUUCAUGUUUGCGGAGACGAUGAAUUCGGUCCACGAGUGGUCCACUGUCGAGGGGACUUCGACUUCACCCUGCUUUUUGAAGAGUGCUUCUUUUCGAUCGCUCCCUCGGCAUUACUUCUGCUUGUACUUCCCUUGCGCUACAAGCAGCUAUGGAAACAUCGGACAGUCAUCGUCUCUCAAAGCUGGGCAUACUGGGCUAAGCUGGUUUCAGCACAAGUUUUCGGUGCAUUCCAGCUUUGUCUUCUAGUUUUAUGGCUCCUCCCUCACACGCCACGGACACAGGCAUCCCUGGUUGCUGCGGUUCUGACCUUAAUUACAUCUGUUGGCCUGCUGUUCUUGUCCCAUUUGGAACACAUAUAUUCUGUGCAGCCCUCUUCCAUUCUGAACCUGUUCCUAUCAUGGACAAUUGUCUUUGAUGCCGUACGUGCAAGGAGCUUAUGGCUGGCCUCAUAUACCGUCCUUGCAACUCUCUAUACAGCAAGCAUUGCGGUCAAAUUGGUCUGGUUCUAUUUAGAGACGAAGUCGAAACUGGUAUAUUUCAUCAACAAAAACGUGCAAUAUGGCGACGAGGAAAUCAGAGGCUUUUAUAAUCGCGCCUUCUUCUGGUGGGUUAAUCCUUUGCUCUUGCUCGGGUUCAAGCAGUCAGUGUCCCUCGAGGAAUUACCGUACCUUGAUCGGGCUCUGUCUGCAAACGAAUUACAUCGAAAGCUUUCCGCUCACUGGGCUUCAAUGCCAAAAACUUAUGAGAACGCGUUAGCCUAUUGCGCUGUCCGUGCAUUCAGAGCCCCAGUCUUUUACUCCUUCUUGUCGAGGUUGAUGAGGAUUGGUUUGGAUUAUACGCAACCUUUCUUGAUAACCAGAUUAACCAUUUACGUUGGCCAGGAAACUCCUAGUAAAAAUGAUGGCUAUGGCCUGAUUGGUGCGUUUGCACUGGUCUUCAUUCUGAAAGGUGUCAUGAAUUGCUUUUAUGAGCACUAUAUAUUUCGUCUUAUAACGCAGAUACGCGGCGCUCUGGUAUCUGUCAUCUAUGAUAAGACGCUUGAGCUAAAGUACGAUGAGUAUAGUGACUCGGCAGCGCUGACUUUAAUGAGCAAUGACAUCGACAACAUUGCAUCGGGGAUCCAGAAUGUGCAUGAAGUCUGGGCGAGUCCCAUAGAGGUGGGCAUUGCGCUAUACUUGUUACAGCGUCAGGUAGCUUGGGCUGCUACAGUCCCGGCAGCCCUUUCUGUUGCGGUCUUCUAUUCCACCCAUUUGUUGUCGAAGUCUGCACCGGGGAGGCAAAAGAUUUGGAUGCAGGCUGUUCGUGACAGAGUUGCGUUUGCUUCGAGUUACCUCGAUGCGAGUGUAACUAUCAAGAUGCUUGGCCUCCAAAAGCAUUUUUCUAGAAUGCUACAUCAACUGCGUAUUGACGAGCUGAAUCGACAGUCAAAAUUUCGCCAUCUGAUGGUGAAGAUGAAUUUGCUCGCGGGCACAACAACCAAUCUCAGCCCGGUUCUCACACUCAGUCUUUUCACCGGUGUUGCACUCCAUACCGGAAAAAGACCAUUGACAGUGGCUGAGACAUUCACAUCCCUUUCGAUAAUCUCUCUAUUGAGCGGCCCUCUGUCAAACCUGAUCUAUUCGGGCCCGAAAGCUAGUGCGGCGCUGGAAUGCUUUCAAAGGAUCCAAGCUUACUUGCUAGCAAGCCCCAGACUCGAUGAUCGAGUUAUGCCCCCGAGUCAUCGGCAUGUCUCCCCGCAUACAAAUUGGACUGACAUGGACACCGAGGGGGUGGGGCCCAUUGAGCUUCAGCAGCCAAAGCCAUCGGAUAUAGGCAUUGGGCAUCGUUCUGUGGCAGCCAAGUCGGACUUGCUGCAAAUUCACCAGGCUGAUUUUGGUUGGGAUCGCAGUUCGCCAGCUACAUUGCGGAGCAUCGAUCUUAGAUGCCCCCCUUCUUCGCUUACCAUGGUUACCGGGGCCGUUGGAUCAGGCAAGAGCACUCUGCUUCAAGGAAUUCUGGGUGAGGUUCCCUGCUUGAAGGGCUUCAUUUACAGCAACGUUUGCGAAAUAUCUUUCUGUAGUAGCAGGGCUUGGAUUCGCAACAGAUCCAUCCGUGAGAACAUCUGCCAACCCUUGCCUUUUGAUGAGCAAUGGUACCGAACUGUGCUUUAUUCGACUGCGCUCGACCAAGACAUUGAAAGCUUUCCCCACAAAGAUCACACAAUCAUUGGUAGUAAUGGUAUGGCAACUAGUGGCGGACAAAGACAACGCAUUGCUAUUGCCCGUGCCAUCUAUGCACGCAAACAAUUAGCUCUUUUCGAUGACGUUCUAAGUUCUCUGGAUGCGAAAACUUCAGAGCAAGUUUUCCAACGCGUUUUCGGGGCACAGGGCAUCUUGCGCCGCCAUAGAGUUGCUGCUAUAUUAGCAACGCAUGACCAGAAACUUCUCGCCUUUGCCGACAAUGCUGUCUUGCUCCAAAACGGAGUGAUCACGGAACAAGGCCAUCCUCAAUUGCUUCAGCCACGGAAUUUAUCGGGUGAAUCAGCAGCCACUUCACGCUCAAUCGGGGAGCGCCAAGUAGCAUUGCCGGGUAGCCAGGCGGCUGCAGGCAUUGCCUCUUCGAAUGCUGACGAGAUGAACGGGAAGAUAGGCGACCUGAGCAUAUAUGCAUACUACCUCCGAGCAGCCGGCCCUUGGCAGGUAUUGAUCUACUUCGUAUCCUUAGUGAUAGGUGUGUUCUGCUCUCAAUUUCCCAAUCUUUGGGUCCAAUGGUGGGGAGAAGAAAAUGCCCGGACGCCGUUCGGAAGGCUAGCCCUCUAUAUCAGCGUCUAUGCUCUUCUGGCUGCUCUAGGAGCUGCCCUAUGGGCAUGGUGCAUGUGGCUCGUCUUCUGCCGCAUUGUCCCCACGUCUUCCAACAGGCUCCAUGAUUAUCUGGUGAUGAAGAUCGAUAAGGCUCCUUUGUACUGGCUCACCGGCACUGACAGCGGUAUCACUUUAAAUCACUUCAGUCAGGACAUGACUCUAAUUGACCGAUCACUUCCGGCUGACUUCCUUAAAACAUCGAAAAAUUUUACACAAUGCUUGAUGAGCGCCAUAUUUAUCUGUGUUGGUGCCAAAUAUAUGGCUCCCCUGAUCCCCUUAUCAGUAAUUGUUGUUUACUCAAUUCAGAAGUUCUACCUCCGAACAUCACGACAACUUCGUCAUCUGGACCUCGAGAGCAAGUCACCACUGUACACCCAAUUUACCGAGACCAUAAAUGGGCUUGUCACUAUUCGCGCGUUUGGCUGGCAAGACAGCUUCCGUGAAGAGCACCAGGAACUGCUCCAAAGAUCGCAGCGGCCCUACUAUAUGCUGUUUGUCAUACAGCGGUGGCUUAUUCUUGUUCUAGAUCUGUCUGUUGCUGGCAUUGCAAUCUUGCUAGUGAUACUAUCAGUUUUUGUGCGCGGAACUGGGCCAAUAGGUGUUUCGCUUGUCUCUCUAAUCACGUUCAGUCAGCAGCUGUCGGAAUUGAUCAAUUUCUGGACAUCCAUGGAGACCAGUAUUGGUGCAGUUACACGCAUCCGCAAUUUUCAAAAGGUUCCCUCAGAGGAUCUUCCUGGAGAGGAAGUAGUUCCUCGUACAGAUUGGCCAUCAGAGGGCCAUAUAGCUUUCCAAAAUGUCAGCAUAGGCUAUGAUCUGAACUCUCCCCCUGUUCUUCAACAAAUAACCCUGGCCAUCCCUGCUGGUUCCAAGCUAGGGGUAUGCGGGCGCUCUGGAAGUGGGAAAAGCUCUCUACUUCUUGCCAUUCUUCGCAUGGUUGAAAUACAAAGUGGUGACAUUAACAUUGAUGCCGUGAGUUUACAAUCAUGCCCUCGUGACAUCGUCCGCGAUCAUGUUACAGUGAUACCUCAAGAGCCUGUCUUAUUCCGGGGCACUAUCCGUGAUAAUAUCGCUGGGUUCAGCCUCAUGGACGAUGAGAUUGUCCUCAAUGCACUACAAAAAGUACAACUGUACGAACAUGUCCAGAGCUCUGGUGGUCUCGAUGCUAAAAUCGAUCAUCUCCCCCUAUCAGCAGGCCAGCGACAGCUCAUUUGCCUGGCUCGAGCUAUUGUCAAGAAAAGAAAAAUCUUGCUUCUGGAUGAGGCCACUAGCCGUGUGGAUAACGAGACAGAUUCCCUGAUGCAAGAUAUAAUUCGCACUGAGUUUGCAGGCUGCACUAUUAUUACAGUUGCGCAUAGGGUUUCUACCCUUCUGGAUUACGAUCAGAUUGCUGUCAUUGAUGGAGGAAAGAUGGUUGAAUAUGGCACACCUAGUGAGCUUUUGGAAAGAUCGGGGUCGCUUCUCCGGCAAUUGCAUGAUCAGCAGAGGCUCAGGGUGUGA